CACAGUUCUCCUCAGCCAUGCAUACUGUCAUGCCAGCAUCCACGGCGACUCUGUUGGCCAACUCCCCGUAUUUAUUUGGUUGGGCAGAACGAUGGACCAUUGCCGCCGUCACAUUUACAUUGCACUCGGCCUCGCUCUUGUACUUGGUCUGUUUUGCGUUUUUCUACUUUGUCAUUUCCGCCGAGAACGCGGUCAUCCUUCAGCUGUUCGCUCCAAAAGUCCAGUCGGUGGCGUUUGUGCUCGUGGCACUGCUGCACCUCCACGGGCUGUCCCGAGUGGUGUUCCCGCGUUGUUUCGGCACCGCCUUGGUGAAAUUCUACCUGGACGAUAUCCCCACCUCCCUCGUUGGCAAACUCGUACAUCUGUAUCACAAAUACUUCAGCCGCUAUGGCGUAUUUGGGCUCCACGGCUCGCUGUACGAGAUGCGCGUGACGUUUAAACAAAUCGUGCAAGUGCCGGCCCAGGCGUACCAAGCGUAUCAAAUGAGCGUCUACUUGACUAACCCAGCGCUGUGUGCGUUGUACACAACGUUGCUCGCCUGCGACUGUCUCUUUGUGCCGUGCUUUCUAUUCUCCACGCACGAAUUUACCCGUCUAUGGGGGCCAGGCUUUGUGGACGCGCUGUUUGACUUUACUCUCAGCGCGGGCUUUCCGCUGGCCAUCAUCUUCCACGCUUUUGUCGACUACUUUGUCGCAGGCAACGACGCGCUCGUGUGGAACAAGACAUGGUUAAACCAAAUGAUCAUGAUGGCUCGGUUCGUGUCGGUGACGAAUGUCGUCGACAUGCUGUCCACGCUUCUUCCGUUUGUCACGUGCUACGUUUCGCUGACGGCGCUCUACAGCGCCGUGCAGCUUCGAAUGGGGGAUAUGGCCAUGCACGAAAGCUCCAUGCGGCGGGCCGCGGAACUCGUGACCGUUCGGGUCAAGAAUGUGAACGUGCUGCUGAGAAUCUGUCGACGGGCGUUCUUGUUUGUGUCUGCUGUAGCAGGCAUAUUUCUUUGCACGAUGGCAGGUACUUCGGUCACGCGCGAGUCAUGUGCCCCUGGCUGUCGGCUGCAAACGUUCCCUUGGUUUACCAAGCAAUGCAAUUGCGUCAUGAUGCGCCAAAACUGCGUGCUGCAUCCCAUUGCGAACGACGACGUGGACGCGUUCGUACUCAACCACGUGGCCAAUGCGUUCGACAUUGCCCUUGUCCAGUGCAACUUGCCGCAUGGGCUGUCUCAGCAGACAUUGCACUCGCUGACCAACCUGUACUCACUGUCGCUACGCCUCACUAACACGGUGGAAUGGAAGCUAGAACCGACCGACUUGCCGCCGUCGUUGACGAUGCUAUACUUCCAAGACCAAGUGGUGCCACGCCUCCCAACCAUCCUUGACCGCAACGUGAAUAAAUUGCGGUACAUGUUUCUCCGCAAUAUCACUAUCACAGGAGAUGAGGGGGCCACUGCCAUGUCCGUGUACAAAAAUCUAACGAUGUUGUCGCUUACCAACAUGAGUUUGACUGUGGUCCCGCUCAACGUGUUGGACCAGGUGGGGCUCACACAGCUCGAAUUCAGCUACAACCGCCUUGUGUCUUUUCCGGACCAAUUGUUGGCACUCCGGAACCUCCAAACUCUCUCGCUCGAGUUCAACUUGAUCUCGUCCAUUCCGUCGGCCUUUGUCCGCCAAUUCCCGUCGUCCCUCAAAACCAUAUACCUUGACGGCAACCCCCUGCUCGCGUUGCCGCUGGACACUGACUUUGCCCUUAUCCAGAGCCAGCGCCUGCGGAUUCGAGGAACUCCCAUGUGCGAUCGCCUCUACGCCGCUGCACGAAAGUAUCAAGUCGCCACGCUGCCACCCUUGGAGCAACAGAUCGUCGGGAUCUUAGACGAUGUUUGCAGUCCGGAUUGCAGCGUCGGGUGCCAUGCCCGAUUUGUCGGAAACACCGUUUGCGAAAGUGUGUGUUUGGUGCCAUCGUGCAACUUUGACACCAAGGCAGCCGAGUUUGUCGCCAGUGGCACCAGUGGAAGUGACUGCUUUGGGUUGACUACGGGUUGGGAACCGUCAUAACCAAGGGAGGACUUUGUCAUUGUAGCCUACCCAAGGCGGGAAUAUCUGUCGCCACCACCACCGGGUGCUCACUAUCGCAACUGACGGGAAGCCUUUGGGGGGGAGCUGAAACAAAAGGUAUCUUGGCGAUUGUAACGUUAGUUUGGUUGCCGCUUCUGCCUAAUUAACGUUAACCCGAUGCAUCAGUGCAAUGUCCA